UUGACCGUCCAUUUCCACAAUCAAACCUAUUUAUACCACUCAUUUCCGCCCUAAAUUUCUUGCCACACUUCUUCUUCUUCCCUGAAAAACCCCAAAGGAAGAAGAGUAAAGCCUCUCAGAUCUCAUCUCAAACCCUUUCUUUUCUCUUAUACUCGCCUUACCCAUGGCUCUACUCGUUGAGAAGACCACCUCUGGCCGCGAGUACAAGGUGAAGGACAUGUCCCAGGCUGACUUCGGCAGGCUCGAAAUCGAGCUUGCCGAAGUUGAAAUGCCUGGUCUCAUGGCUUCCCGUACUGAAUUCGGCCCUUCACAGCCCUUCAAAGGUGCAAAGAUCACUGGAUCUCUGCAUAUGACUAUCCAAACUGCUGUCCUUAUUGAAACCCUAACUGCUUUGGGUGCUGAAGUUAGAUGGUGUUCUUGCAACAUCUUCUCAACUCAGGAUCAUGCUGCAGCAGCCAUUGCACGUGACAGUGCUGCUGUUUUUGCCUGGAAAGGCGAGACUUUGCAGGAGUACUGGUGGUGUACUGAGAGAGCACUUGAUUGGGGUCCAGGUGGUGGUCCUGAUCUGAUUGUUGAUGAUGGAGGUGAUGCUACUCUCUUGAUUCAUGAGGGUGUUAAGGCUGAAGAGGAGUUUGCUAAGAAUGGAACCAUCCCAGAUCCUACUUCUACUGAUAACGUUGAGUUUCAACUUGUGCUUACUAUUAUUAAGGAGAGCUUAAAGACUGAUCCUUUAAGGUACACUAAGAUGAAGGAGAGACUUGUUGGUGUUUCUGAGGAAACUACCACUGGUGUUAAGAGGCUUUACCAAAUGCAGGCUAAUGGAACUUUGCUUUUCCCUGCUAUUAAUGUUAAUGACUCUGUUACCAAGAGCAAGUUUGACAACUUGUAUGGAUGCCGCCACUCACUUCCCGAUGGUCUCAUGAGGGCUACUGAUGUUAUGAUUGCUGGAAAGGUUGCCCUUGUUGCCGGUUAUGGAGAUGUCGGCAAGGGAUGUGCUGCUGCCAUGAAACAAGCUGGUGCCCGUGUUAUUGUGACUGAGAUUGAUCCUAUCUGUGCUCUCCAGGCUACCAUGGAAGGUCUCCAGGUUCUUCCUCUUGAGGAUGUUGUUUCUGAGGUUGAUAUCUUUGUGACCACAACCGGUAACAAGGACAUCAUCAUGGUUGACCACAUGAGGAAGAUGAAGAACAAUGCCAUUGUCUGCAACAUUGGUCACUUUGACAAUGAAAUUGACAUGCAUGGUCUUGAGACCUUCCCUGGUGUGAAGAGGAUCACAAUCAAGCCUCAAACCGACAGAUGGGUUUUCCCAGACACCAACAGUGGCAUCAUUCUCUUGGCCGAGGGUCGUCUCAUGAACUUGGGAUGUGCCACUGGACACCCCAGUUUUGUGAUGUCCUGCUCUUUCACUAACCAAGUCAUUGCCCAACUCGAGUUGUGGAAUGAGAGGAGCAGUGGCAAUUACGAGAAGAAGGUGUAUGUUUUGCCAAAGCACCUCGACGAGAAGGUUGCUGCCCUUCAUCUUGGAAAGCUUGGAGCCAAGCUUACCAAGCUUACCAAGGAUCAAGCCGACUACAUUAGCGUACCAGUUGAGGGUCCUUACAAGCCUGCUCACUACAGGUACUGAGGGAAGACAAUUUGACAGAGGAACAAUAUUGUCGCGGCAUGAUUAUUUUGCGUUGAAUACUUUGAGUUUGUUUAGGAUAAUAGUGUUUUGAUUAUUGUUGGGGAUAUAUUUGGGAGGAAGUUGGCAUGUUUUGCAGAAAAAAAUGGUCUCAUUUGAAAGAAGACCAAAAUGUUUUAAUAAUAUUUGAGUUAUGGUUGGUGGUGUGCUAA